CGCUGAGCAUCGGAUCCAGAAAUCCAAUUUCACAUCCAAUUCCGUUAAGAAUUUUGUCUUGAAAGAUGGAAGUGAUCAACUUGAGAAUCAGAUCUCCAUCAGGUGUUUCUACCAUUCAAAUCAAUCCUAAUUCAAGUCGACAAGAAUUAUAUCAAAUCAUUUCAUCCAAUACUCAACUUGCUGAUUCAACUUUUGAAAUUCGACUCGGUUUUCCAAGACCUCAACUUCUUCCUGAUUCAUCUCCAACUGCAACGAUCAAGUCCUUAGGCAUCACCAACGGAGAAACUCUUCAAAUCUCAUUAACCAAUUCAGCUCCUUUGAUUCAACCACCAAAAGCUUCAGCUCCUUCAAUUCAACAACCUUCAGCAUCAGCAUCAGCAUCGACACCAAACCCAUCUUCAAAAUCUAAGCCUGAAAACGUUUCAGUUCCAAUCGAUGGUCUUGGUCACCUUAUCCUCAGACUCAUAGCUGAUGACAACUCAUGUCUUUUUAAUGCAAUCGGACUCUGUUUGGAACGAACCCAAUCUAAUGUUUCAUCAAAACUAAGACAAAUCGUAGCUCAAGCUGUUAGAAAGGAUCCUUUGAAAUGGUCUGAAGCUGUUCUGGGUCGUUCUCCUGAACUUUAUAUCAGUAAAAUCUUGGAUAAGAACGUAUGGGGUGGUGCGAUUGAAAUUUCAAUCCUUUCCGGACAUUAUCAAACGGAAAUCUGUUCAAUCGAUGUCAAAACCGGAAGAAUCGAUCGAUUUGGAGAAUCCGAAAACUAUUCCAACCGAAUCAUUUUAAUCUAUUCUGGAAUCCAUUAUGAUGCACUUACUCUAACACCUGAUCUUUCAACCACCGAUACUUCAUUCGAUACCACCAUCUUUUCAACUUCUCAAGACGAUCUCUUAAGCUCUUCUUUACAACUAGUUAAACUUUUAAGAGAACAACAUUAUUUUACAGACACGGCUUCUUUUAGUUUACGUUGUAUGGUUUGUAAAACCGCUUUGGUGGGAGAAGCUGAUGCUCGUAAACACGCUGAACAAACUGGUCAUACACAAUUCGGAGAGUAUGCCUAAACUAUCAAACAAAAGUGUUGUCUAGGAGGAAAGAAAGGGAAAGGAAUAUUCAACAACUGUCAGACUUUAGAUUUUCAAUCAAUCUCUUGAACAUCCAAUGAGGUGAAAGAAACUGAUGAAAAAUCUUCUGACAUUGUAUGAUAGCCUCAGAGUUUAAGUUUUGUAUCUAAUUUUACAUGAUGUGAGAUUGAUAGCC